UCGAUCCGUACAGUUAUGAUGCAUUCCGAAUGAUGACGUUCCAAGUGUGCGACUUGAGAUAAGCGACAACUCGGCAUCGCCUACGGAAUGGGGACCCAAGUAAAAGAUGUGAUCAUCAAACCUGAUGCUCCCACCACACUUCUUCUGGACAAACAUGCAGACUACAUUGCUGCUUAUGGCUCCAAGAAAGAUGACUAUGAAUACACUCUGUCAGAAUACUUAAGAAUGAGUGGCAUUUACUGGGGCCUGACUGUAAUGGAUCUGAUGGGCCAGUUGGGCCGCAUGAACAGGGAUGAGAUCAUAGAGUUUAUCAAGUCUUGUCAACACGAGUGUGGAGGCAUCAGUGCAAGCAUCGGCCAUGACCCUCAUCUGCUCUACACACUCAGUGCUGUGCAGAUCCUUACACUGUAUGAUUGUGUAAAUGUGAUUGAUGUGGACAAAGUGGUGGAGUAUGUGAGGGCACUACAGCAGGAGGAUGGCUCGUUUGCAGGGGAUAAAUGGGGUGAAAUAGAUACGAGAUUUUCCUUUUGUGCAGUUGCAACACUAGCAUUGUUGGGCCGACUGGAUGCUAUUAAUGUAGACAAGGCUGUGGAGUUUGUCCUCUCGUGUAUGAACUUUGAUGGAGGCUUUGGCUGUAGGCCUGGAUCAGAGUCGCAUGCCGGUCAGAUUUACUGUUGCACAGGUUUCCUGUCCGUCACAGGGCAGCUCCACCAGGUCAAUGCUGAUCUGCUAGGUUGGUGGCUGUGUGAGAGACAGCUACCGUCUGGAGGCCUCAAUGGACGACCCGAAAAGUUGCCUGAUGUCUGUUACUCCUGGUGGGUCCUUGCCUCACUGAAAAUCAUUGGCAGAAUUCAUUGGAUAGAUAAAAUGAAACUGCGCAUGUUUAUACUGGCCUGUCAGGACGAGGAAACCGGAGGCUUUGCUGAUAGGCCAGGAGACAUGGUGGACCCGUUCCACACUCUGUUUGGUGUGGCAGGGUUAUCCCUGCUGGGAGACGAGCAGAUUAAAGCAGUGAACCCUGUCUUCUGUAUGCCUGAAGAUGUGCUUCAGAGGAUUGGCCUCCAGCCAGAACUUUUGAGCUAAGCGGCUCCGCUCAGCCUGUCCUGUCCUGCCCUGGGCCUUGAGUAACAUGAAAAUUUUGUCAUAGUUCAGGAUCCCAGCACCAAGGGGAAAGCACUGGAUAUAAGUGUCAGUAUGGCUGUUAUCACUAAAAAAAAAAAAAAGUUAGGCACACAGUAUAGAGGGACCAGUGACUGCUGGGAUGGUUUAAAAAAAAAAAAAGACACUUGAUGUUGAGUCCCUUGGCAUUGACAGGAGCACUGUAGUCUUUCUUAUGUCAGGUCUGUAUGUGUCACUACAGAGAACUUGUCUGUGAUAUGGUGUGUAUGGGUUUACAUCCCUUGAGUAUGUAUCACCUGAUCACAACCAUAUUUCAUUUCCUAAUUUAAAACCUCACUGUGUUUUUAGAGUUGCAGCAGAAGAAUACUGAAUCUAAAGAAGUGUUCAGUAUAUUUACCACAGCAAUAUUUAACACCACUUCAGGAAUCUGAGCAAACGGCAUGCAUUUGUAUUCGUGUACACCGGGAAAAGGUUUAGUAUAUAUGUUAAUGCAUUUUCUCAUAGUAACACAUAUCCAGCCCACAUACUAGUCAUGCUAAACAUGAUACUGGUUUUAAGUACACCUUAUCAAAAAUGACCUUCAACACUGGACAUUUUUAGUGGAACUGUGUUCUUUAUGCCCUGUUUCAGUGUAUCACCAUGAAUAGUUCACUUUACAAAAUGCAAUAGAAAUUUCCCAUUGUGUGGUUCAGAACUAAACAGAACGGCCUAGAACCAGGUCACGGAGCUAAGCACCCUGUGUGAUCACCUUCUCAUAUGCACUGUAUAGUACUUUUUAAAGAAGGACUGAGAUUGGGUGUAGUGUUUCUGUCUGGGUCUGUUUUGUAAUUCUGAAUCGUACCUAAGUAUGUUUCCAGUUUUGAAGGCUGUAUCUUCCAACAUGUUUGGCGUUUCGA